UGUAUGCGAUAUUAUGUCAUCGGUUGAAAGAUAAGCUUAAAUUUACUGUCUUGGUGCUAAGUCUCUGAUAGUUCAGAAGAAGAGAACGUGCUCUUCCGCCUGAAGAGAAGUCAUGAAUAGAGAGAAGGUUCAGGGGGGAGAUCUCUCAAUCGCUUCUCCGACGGCGUCUUUUGUGGCUGCCCAAACAGCGGUGAUUGUCGUGGCCGGUCCAGAAAGCAUGGACAAUCACUGCGAGAAGCGGCUCUCUACCAACGAACUGUCGGUGUUUUCCUGUCCAGGCGGUAUAGACAUACUGCAAGGGGACAGUCGAAACAACUCUCCACGUCAAGAACCGGCUCCAAUAGCAAUUCCAACGGUUCACCGGACCACCGCGUUUUCUGUUUUGGACAUUUUGGACCCAAAUAAGUUUACGAGCAAAAAGCAAAAUCCUAACCGGACCGGCAGUGAAAUCGCCUUCGGGACAGAGAACCGUGGAGGUGACGACUCGAAUCAUGCUGUAGAUCAGAAAUCUUAUGCAGAAGACUAUGAAUGUAAAAAAUAUACAGCACUAAGUAAGUAUGAGGGGCUGGUGUACAGAUCGGACGAAUGCGAGAAUGAUUUCAACAGAGACUCCCACUCUGACAGCGAGAUGCAGGAUGACUUGUUUAGUGAGGAGAGCAGCAGUGGCCUGACUGAAAAUACCCAGGGGGAACUGGACCACCGUGAAGACGACGACAAGGAGAGCAAGAGCCCAAGAAGUCCUGACGGACAGCAAACGCAACAGUCAGGGUCGAAUGGACAAAGUCAUCAAGGAAAGCCGAAGCGAAAGCGCUCUGGCUCCGAUUCAAAGUCGGGUAAGCCACGAAGGGCCCGGACAGCAUUCACUUACGAACAACUUGUUGCACUGGAGAACAAAUUCAAGUGCACCCGAUACCUCUCCGUGUGUGAGAGGCUAAAUUUGGCACUGUCACUUAGUUUGACUGAAACUCAAGUCAAAAUCUGGUUCCAGAACCGACGGACCAAGUGGAAGAAGCAGAACCCUGGCGCAGACACCAGCGCCCCGACGGGCGGGGGGCCGAAUGGCCAGAGCAAUGGACUAGGGGGCCUGAGUCCGCUCAGCCCGUCUCCUCCCAUGAGCGGCCAUCUGUCAAUGCACACGAGCUAUGGUCACGGGCCAGGCGGGUUAGUCUGCACCACCCAAUUACCCUUUCUGCCAAGUCAUGCGGUACUGUCACCUUUCAUGUUGGGAUCUCAGACCUACGGAGCGCCUGCGUUUUACACUUCACACCUAUAAAGACAUGGACAUAUGGUUUUACGCCCAAACAUUAUGUUUUCAGAGGCGUCUUAAAUUAACCGAUAUUAUCAAACGAAUUGACUCCAAUGAAAUAUGAACUUAAUAACCAAUAACACAUACGGUUUAAGAGAACUAAAGACAUGCCCUUACCUAAAGACUAAAAUGCACUUGACGCAAGAUGGGAAGAACUCUGAUGAACAUUUCAUGUUGCUGUUUCGUCAAGGACAUUUAAUGCUCGAAGAAAACUUACCUUUUCCAAGGGAAUAAUAUUUUUAUUAUGCUAAUGUUCUAUUUGUUUUUCAUUUUGAUAGAAUGUGAAUACUCGUGGUCAAAAUGUAUAUAGGCCUACAAAUGUUGACAAAUAUAUGUCUAGCUUCAAAUUUCGACUGCAGUUCAUAAAUAUUAGAGAGUUUAAAAAAUACAUGUAGGCCUAUCAAUAUCGUUCAUUUACAUCUGGAAUGGCUUGAAAUAUUGUAAUUACUGUGUAACUAAACUGUGAAAGUUAAAUAUGAUUGUUUUCAUAUAAGUUGUCGCUACUAAUUUAUUUUAUAUAGUUACCUGAGAAUAUUUGGCUGUAAUGAAUACUCACUUCAUCUGGAUUCGUCUUUGAUAAGACAAAGUAAAAUAAUAAUAAACUAUAGGCUACCAUUUACAAACGAAUAAGCUACUUUAAUAGAUUCAAUACAUUAAAUCCUGUUUCUUAUCAGGCGAUCAUUUUUUUCCCUUUUCCUCCAAAUUAAAGGACAUUUUGGAACUGAA